CGUGCCUUGCACUGGGACUGCCCUGCAAGAGAGGCUUGUCCUGACCUCACACUCGUGAGAUGGCAGCCAUUGAGAGCUUCAGCGCCACCCAGCCUGGGGACCCCGAGCCUGGGGACCUGAUUGAGAUCUUCCGGCCAGCUUACCAGCACUGGGCCCUCUACCUGGGGGAUGGGUACAUCAUCAAUGUGACACCUGUAGAUGAAGGGCCCCCAGCCACGUUCUCCAGCGCCAAGUCGGUGUUCAGCAGAAAGGCCCGGGUGAGGAUGCAGCUCCUGAAGGACGUGGUGGGAAACGACACCUACCACAUCAACAACAAGUACGAUGGCACCUACGCUCCCCUCCCGGUGGAGGAAAUUAUCCGUCGUGCCGAAUACCUCAUUGACCAGGAGGUGUCCUAUGACCUGCUGGGCAACAACUGUGAGCACUUCGUGACGCUCCUCCGCUAUGGCGAGGGGGUCUCUGACCAGGCCAAUCGAGCGAUCAGUGCCAUUGGGUUUGUAACAGCCGCCGCUGGUGCCUUCUCCUUGCUGGGCUUGCUCCGGAGCAGAUCCAGAGAGAGACAGUACUGA